UUUCUUUUCCGAAUUCUGGUCAAAAUGAUGCUAGCGUGUUUACUGUCAUUCGCGCUACUGCUGACUAUCGAUGCUCGACAUCAUCACGGAGGACAACACCACAAAAAGUCUCACAAAAAGAGAGAAGUACCAGGCACAGCACGAUCGCUACUGUUUGAUAUACCCAACCACAAUGAAACAACUUACACCAAAGGUUGCGUUUACCAAGGUGUCCUMCGAAAACAUGGCGAGGUGUGGUCACCAAGCGCAUGUAUCCCAGAGUGCCACUGCAUAAAUGCCAAAGUGACGUGCACUAAARUAGAAUGCCCGGAUCUUAAUUGCAAAAGAUCGAUCAAACGGAAAUGGAAAUGUUGUCAUGAGUGUCCACCAGAGUCACAAGUUGGGGAUAAUUGUGGAGUUCUUACAGCCGGAGGUAACGCCAACCACACUUGCUGUCACUUCCCUUAUAAGUACAAGGAUGUCAUGUAUUACACAUGUACCUACGUCGAUAGCCACAAGCCCUGGUGUGCCGUGACAGCUAACUACGACCGCGAUGGUGUAUGGGGCGUCUGUAUAGGGGAUAAUUGUGGAGUUCUUACAGCCGGAGGUAACGCCAACCACACUUGCUGUCACUUCCCUUAUAAGUACAAGGAUGUCAUGUAUUACACAUGUACCUACGUCGAUAGCCACAAACCCUGGUGUGCCGUGACAGCUAACUACGACCGCGAUGGUGUAUGGGGCGUCUGUAUAGAUGAAAGCGACAAGAAUAAAAAGCCUUACCGGAUUGUAAAUGGCAAYGUAGUCAACGCAAAAAAGGCAACGAGCAAAGAUGCAGUCAAAUCUAAAGCACUGCCAAAGAUUCAACCYUCAUUCUCAACACAGAAUGACAUGCUAAGACCACAUCAACCAGCUCCGUUCUUAACCGACUGGAAUCCAAAUGUCGCCUUUCAAGACAACAAAAAUGUGCGUCCAACACCUAUGGUAAUAGCAAAAGCACACUCUAUCUGGAAAAAACUGGGAUUCAAACCACGUCAGUURGGUAUGUUGUCCAAGAUGGGAGGGCAAGUCAUAACAGUUGCUUUGGAAAAUGGUGGAAUUCUUCCCACUACUGUCAAUGCUCAAGUAGCUACACCGGCUAUAGGGGUACAGACAGGUGGGAUCAACACCGGAGUUGUUGCUGGUGCCGGAGGGGUUACUGCUGCUGGAGGUAAUGGAUGUGUUCAAGUCGUACCAUGUAAGACAGGCCAAACAAAUGUAGUUAAGCCUGMAGUUKAUCCAUUACCGGAAAAAAUACCGGUAGUACAACCGGCUAAUAUACCGGACAUUAACAUGGGUAAAUACCCUAACAGAAUAUCCAGCAUGGUCAACAAGUUUUAUACAGUUAAGUUCAACCCGACUAAAUCUARACAAACACAACCUAACACAGUGGUACCAGGAAGUAGUGGACAAACCAUCCCUACCACUAUCCCCACGACAGCACCAACACAAGGAACGACAGCUCCUGCUCAGGGGGGAGGUACUGGCGGUGCCGGUGGUGCCGCAGUAACAACUCCAUCACCUGGUAACACAACACCAACACAAGGAGGUGACAUGACAACACCAUCACAGGGUAACACAACGCCAGGACAGGGUAACACAACGCCAACACAAGGUGUCACAACCACAACAAAUGUGGCUAAUACUCCACAACCACAAGCAACUCAAGGUCAAGGYCAAGUGUCGAAUGGAAUUACUCCACCUUCGUCCUGCGCACCACCUACGGRAAAUCCUSCUCCUCAGAACGGAAGCGUUGUCUCGCCAUGUAGCGGAAACYCCAUUGUUGCACCAUGCGGUGGAAGUAACSCUGUUGCACCAUGRAGUGGAAGUAYCUCUGKKACASCAAACACCGGAGGUAAUGCAGUCCCACCAGCCACAAGUAAUGGAAACGGUAGUCCUGCACCAGCUCCUUUACCAGWACCAAACCAAACCACAACACCAACUACCAAACCAACARCACAAACAUGGGCCAACGCGACAGGCCCGCCAUGGACAUGGAACCAGACAGCGCCUACUCCYGCGCCCUCAGACAAGUCUAUUCCAGUCGUGAUAGUCGCUCAACCUGUAGGAGAGGGAACUAAGGAACCGGUAGAUAAAGGUACAGAAUCGUCCAUUAUCGUCAAUAAUACCGGAUUUGUAGCACUACCUAUCAAGAUGACACCAGAACAASUAGCUGGUUCAAACUCAAGCAAACCACCACCCCCACAGGACUCCAGUAGCCCAUUAACAAACGGAAAUACUGAAUCACAAUCUUUAUCUAAACUUCAAUCGACGGGUGAUUCGACGAAGGCUUCGGGGAGUCCUYCCACAGCUGAGACAUCCAAUCCUAGUACUGGAACAAACGCUYACACAUCUCAGUCUGCAAGCCCAACUGUCUCAACCAAAGAAUUGCUUCAGACUCUCGCCAGCUCUUCUGCAAGUAUAGAAUCUUCUCAGGAGGAUAAUUCUGAUAGCUCAGACAGCGACUCCUCCCAGCCCUCUGCAAGCCCUUCUCCAAGUACAGACUCGGCUGAGGCUUCGUCCAGUCCUCCUCCGAGCACAAACUCGGCAGGGACUUCUGCAAGUCCUCCUCCAAGUACGGAUUCAGCUGAGGUUUCCUCAAGUCCUGCUCCGAGCACAAACUCGGCAGGGGCUUCUGCAAGUUCUCCUCCAAGUACGGAUUCAGCUGAGGCUUCCUCAAGUCCUGCUCCGAGCACAAACUCGGCAGGGGCUUCUGCAAGUUCUCCUCCAAGUACGGAUUCAGCUGAGGCUUCCUCAAGUCCUGCUCCGAGCACAAACUCGGGACAAGCGUCUGGAAGUCCUGCUCCAGGUACAAAUGCAGCACAGACAGUCUCAGACUCUUCCCAAGUUUUUACUACUAGAACGCCAAGUACAAGCUCGUACCAGACUUCAGGGAACUCCUCACCAGAAUCGUCUCAAGCUUCCACAAAUUCUGCUACCGGAACAGACNAC